CUCCACCAGGUCUUCGACGCGCCACUCUCCCCUUUCCCUUACUUCACCGUUUGCAAAAUGGCCUUCGCCAUGAAGUCGAUGCGCGCUGCUUCGGGCCUGCGCCCCGUGAACACCCGCCGCUCCAAGCUGGUGUGCAAGGCCGAGGCCGAGCCGACCAAGACUCCUGAGUGGGUGCCCGCCGAGGCCGCCCCCGUGAUCAAGUUCCUGGAGAGCAGCGACGUCAAGCUGGAGGAGCUGCCCGCCUACAAGACCUACCUGCAGCCCUACGUGGAGAGCGAGCUGUUCAAGAGCUCCACCGGCUGGAAGGAGAUGCCCGAGACCAUCAACGGCCGCGCCGCCAUGCUGGGCUUCGUGGCUGCCGCCGGCGCCGAGAUCUUUGGCAGCGGCUCUGUGCUGACUCAGCUGAGCGCCGCGCCCCAGGCGGUGCUGGUGGUGCUGGGCCUCAUCGUGGCCUCCUCCGCCGUGCCCGUGGUCAAGGGCACCCAGGGCGACUACCUGUCUGCCCUGAAGGACACCUACUCGGUGCCCGAGGGCGUGUUCACCGCCGCCAACGAGAAGGUGCACGGCCGCCUCGCAAUGCUGGGCCUGACCACCCUCAUCCUGAUCGAGAUGAUUGUGGGCCGCGCGCUGCUGUAAAUGCAGGGCGAAUAUUUGCAAAGCGCCCGAGAAUGUCUCCCGGCGCUAGCGGCGGUGUCGUUUUGCAGACUGAAGCUAGCUCUGGGAGGAUCUGGGUGGCGGCGCCGAUGAUGAUUCUUGCGCGGCGCAAUGAGUUUUGACGGCUGUGGGACAUUGCGGUGUGUACGGCCUUGUUUGGGUGUGGGACAUGACGAAAGACAGAACGCUGGUCUUGGAUGGCCACGGCUAAAAUGCCGCGGUUUUGAAUUCUUUAUGGUGUGUGAGCAUGCCUGGUCUGGGCGCAAAUUUUGACUUGAAAACGACAACCCCCGCCCUGAUUGGUUGCGGUUGGCACGACGAUCGAAAGAGAUGUUACGUGCAGUCCGUCCGUUGAAGGCUUUGGAGGACCUGCUUGAGAGAAAGCUGAUGAGGAGGCGAGAGAGCGCUAUUACGAGGGAACAGAUUCUGAGUGGAGAAUGCGUUGUCAUUGCAACGUGCAACCAGUUUGAGCGUAUGGACAGGCGAUUGGAAGGAGGAUGGGAGGAUGCCGAGCGAGGACAGAGGAGGAGGCCGUAUGUAACUCCUCAAUGGU